GAGGGCAGAAGCCUUUUCCGCUUGCCACGUCAACUUCCUUCCCUGUUCUGUUGUUGCCCGAUAACGCACACUUCCAAUUAAUUGAUUUUUUUCCAUUUCCACUUCCUUGCUGUUUCUUCAACCUCUCUCUCUCUCUUCCCCCCCGGCCUCUUAAAUCUAGCGGGCAAAGCCCUUGCAUUCUCGCCUCGCCCAUCAUGAACAUCUUCAGAUUCGCUGGCGACAUGACUCAUCUCAUCAGCGUUCUCGUCCUCCUCCUAAAAAUCUACGCCACCAAAUCGUGCUCAGGGAUUUCGCUGAAGACUCAGGAGCUCUACUCUCUGGUGUUUGUGACCCGCUAUUUGGAUCUGUUCACUGACUUCAUCUCCGUCUACAACACGGUAAUGAAGGUGGUGUUCAUUGGGAGCUCGCUUGCUAUCGUCUGGUGUAUGCGGUGGCACCGAGCUGUGAAGCGGUCCUACGACCGUGAGCUCGACACGUUUCGCCAUUUCUUCCUCGUGGCGGCCAGCUUCGUCUUGGCACUGUUUGUGCACGAGAAGUUCACAUUUCAAGAGAUCUUCUGGGCUUUUUCGAUAUACUUGGAGGCAGUGGCAAUUCUUCCCCAAUUGGUUUUACUGCAAAGGAGCGGAAAUGUGGACAAUUUGACUGGACAAUAUGUUCUCUUUCUCGGGCAGUGGGUUCCUGCAGCAGCUGCAGUUGGACAACCACUGAGUGGUGAAGGCAGCUGGCAAUUUGGUGAUGAACAAGGAUGUUUUGUAGCUGAACAGGAGGAUUCUGUGGCUGUGAGGCUGCUUUGGAACUGACGCAAUGCUUUGAAUCAUGCUGCGGACUUCAUGAUUGUAUGAUGGCAUUGAAUUUCAAGGAUGGAUUAAAGUUAGACUGAUAUCAAAUUUGAUGCAGAAUUAGAAAGAGGAGGAGGAGGAGCAGAAGUAGGAGACAGAGGAGAGAAGAGAAGACUUGCAGCUGAGAAGAUGGAGGAUGAAGAAAAGAGAAACACUAGAGAGAAGAAAAGGGAGAAGGAAGAGAGAAGAUUGGAGGCAAGGAAAAUCAAGCAUGAGAAGAAAGAUGCAGGAAAGAGACAAAGGAGGGGGAAGAAGAGGAGGGCUUCAAAUAUCUAACUUUUAUCAUACUCAAAAUCUUGUUUUUUGAUUAUCCGGUUAUUCGUAUUCAUGGAUUAAAGCUUCUAAACUAAUUAGAACCCUUUCAAAAAUAAUCCUACUACAUGAAGUUUAUCAUAAAAUCUAUUAAUAUUCAAAAUACAAAAAAUUAUAAUGCUCUAAAAUUUCUAAAUCCUAACUAAAUACAAUGGUAUCGCACAAAAAGGGUCUUAGAAUGGAAGAAUUGAUUUUGAGCUGCUUACUUUACUACUUGCGCCCGCGGGGGGGGGGGGG